AUGCAAUUUCUCAUUGUCAUUCGUUCAAUUUUGUUGGUAAGAUGGUGUGCAUGUAUGUACAAAGAGAGAAGUUUGGAAUUUACCGAAGAAAUUGAAACAAACCAAUUGGGUAUUCCGCACUCCCUCGACCUCUCAACUCCUGACGAGACAAUGGUAAUCGUUAGUGACUACAAAAUGAAUGGAAUAAGGCAUAGAGAAUAUGUUCCGAUGCACAAGAUACAUAUAGAAUCUGUGUUUGAGUCUGGAACCUUAGUUUGGAGUUCAAACGAAAAUGAAAGGUGCACAUUUGCAAUAUUUGCCCAGGGAACUUAUGGGCUCAUUCUUAUUUACACAAGUAAAGAUGGCAUAUUAGAGCCAAGACACUUUAAAAGGAACGGUGAAGAAUGGAAAACCACCACAGAAGAUGACUUUGAGGACAAAUUAGAAGAGAUGGAACAAGAGAUUAGAGCCCCCUCAGAUAGUGAAGGUCUAGGAAGUAGGCUUUUGUCUCUAGAAAACGAAUGGGCAUUUUGCCCGCAAUAA